GACCAGCCAUCCUGGAGGACGUGCUGAUCGAGGUGUUCCGGACCCUGCACACGCAGUGCCGAGCCGAGCUGGACCUUCAGAACCAAAGCCCAUUCAGCAAGGACCACAGCCAGCUUAGCAGCAAGCUACGUGAGAAUAAGAAAACAGCAGAGCUGAUCAAAACAGCCAACUUGCUGUUUAACUCCUUCGAGCCGUUUUACAUGUGGGAUUACGUGGCGCGCUGGUUCGAGGACUGCUGCAG